AACGGAAGUUAGGAAUUGUGGGAGAAAAGCGGUAAAGCACGCUUUCUUUCUUACCACGAGGGUGUUGACUGCUUCGUUGCGAGGCCGUCUCUCCCGUCAAGCAUGUUGGUUUUAUUUGACACGGCCACUGGCUAUGCCAUAUUUAAGCUAUUAGAUGAGAGCAAAUUAUCAAAAUCAGAAAAUUUAUUUCAUGACUUUAAGACUUCUGAUUCUGCAAACAAAAUAUUAAAGUUAAAAUAUUUCCAGAAAUUUGAAGAUACAACUAAAGGUCUUGCUGCAAUUACUGCUUCUGUGGAAAGCAAGUUAGGCAGUGAUUUAAAGAAAUUUCUCAAGAAAACACUUGUGAAAGAUGCCACAGAAGAAUUGAUUGUUGCUGAUGCCAAAAUUGGUAAUCUCAUCAAGGAAAAGUUUGAUAUCCCUUGUGUCUGCAAUUCCAAUGUUGUUGAAUUGUUUAGAUGCAUUCGGAUGCAAGCUGAUAAUUUACUGAGUGGUGUCACGAGCAAAGAGGUAACAGCUAUGAAUAUAGGUUUAGCUCACAGCCUCUCAAGAUAUAAACUGAAGUUCAGUCCUGAUAAAGUUGACACGAUGAUUGUUCAAGCAAUUACACUCCUUGAUGAUUUAGACAAAGAACUCAAUAAUUAUGUAAUGAGAGCUAAGGAAUGGUAUGGUUGGCAUUUUCCAGAAUUAUCUAAAAUAGUCCUAGAUAAUAUUGCAUUUGCUAAAGUUGUUGAUUUAAUGGGUGAUAGGACCAAUGCUGCAAAUUUAGACUUUUCUUCCAUUCUCCCUGAAGAGGUUGAAGAGGAACUGAAGGUAACAGCAGAAAUAUCAAUGGGCACUGAAAUAACAGAUGAGGAUAUUAGAAAUAUUAAAGAGUUAUGUAAACAGAUCAUAGAAAUCUCUGAAUAUCGAGCGACAUUGUUUGAUUAUUUAAAAAAUCGCAUGGUGGCAAUUGCACCGAAUCUUACAGUCCUUGUAGGUGAACAUGUUGGUGCCAGAUUGAUAGCACAUGCAGGUUCUCUUCUAACCUUGGCAAAACAUCCGUCCUCUACUGUACAGAUAUUAGGAGCUGAAAAAGCUUUAUUUAAAGCAAUUAAGUCGAUGCAUGAUACCCCUAAAUAUGGACUUAUCUAUCAUGCAGCACUUGUUUCACAGACAAAUGCGAAGCUAAAAGGAAGGAUUUCACGUUCCCUUGCUGCUAAGGUAUCCUUAGCUGUGAGAUAUGAUGCACUUGGCGAAGAUGAUAGUGCUGAAUUAGGAAUUGCACAGAGAGCGAAAGUAGAAAAACGGUUAAAGUUAAUGGAAGAAGGCAAUUCACGGAGACUAAGUGGGCAUGGAAAAGGAAAAACAUUUGAUAAGUAUGAAAAUAAAAGUGUUGUUAAGAAAUAUGACGAAGGCCAAGAUUCCACAUUGAGUAAGAAGAGCAAAAAGAGAAAAUUGGAUGAGACUGUGACAGAAGGCGGAUCUUCCAAAAAGAGAAAAGUUGAUGAAUCUGUGAAGGUAGAGGUCAAAUCAGAACCAGAAGAGGCUGAUAAAGAUGACACAACAGAAGUAAAAAAGAAGAAAAAGAAAAAGAAAAAUAAAAAAAUAAAAUCGGAGCCCGAAAGUGAAUAAUUAUUCCGUUCUGUGAUAAGAUCUGGACUUGUAUAUAUAAAUAUCUAUAAAAUUUUUUUAUAAAAACA